ACACUGCAGGAUUCUAAUAUUCACAGCCGGUGAGGACAAGCACUUCUGCCUUCUACAAACAUGAAUCUAUUUUCAAUUAGUUUUCUUUUGUUCUCUAUUCUUAUGACAAGCGGUGCAACUUGUGAUGGGCAAAGCGAGAGAUACUGUCGGGACGAAUGUGUUCGCAAAGGACAUCCAAGUGGAAAAUGUGCAUUCGACAACGGAAUGUAUCGACUGUGCAAGUGCCGUAAAAGAAGGAAUUGAAUAUGCUUGCUUUCAAGGCACAUCUACAUCAAACG